ACACUGGGUCUUCCUCUCGCUACUCUCACCUACACAGAUCUCAGACACGCACUCGUCUCUCCACUCCACGUGUAGUAAACAUCGGUGGCUUUUUAACUCAUUCAAAAAAUAUCGUAUUGUUACUCGUUCAUAAAAAGAUUAAAGUUGUUGAUUAGUGUCAAAAGUUAUGAAUGAAGAAGCAGUGGAACUCAUCUUGCUUUUAUUUACUUAAUUAUCGAAGUGUAAACAAUGCAAGUUUACUUUGAUAUGCAGUAAAAGAAAAAUACAAACUGUAAAUUAAGAAAGAGUUCUACGCUAAGCGUAGGUGAGGAAGAACAUCCAAGAGGUCAAAUAGUCUUCAUACGUUUCCAGAUAACGUGGAUAUGUGAUGGCUGGAAGAAACGAUCCACUGGUGAUCGCCUUUAUGUGCUCAGUGUGGCUGCUGCCCCAGACACUAUCCCUCGUGGAAGACAACAAUAAUGUUCUAUCCUGGGAUGACAUCUCCCGGCCUCCGUCCACCACCACGGACCUCCACGCCCUCUCCGUCCACUCCACUGACGAGUCAUCCACACCUUACCCGAAGACGUCAUCAUCCAUCCUGAGGGAGAAGUUGCUGGAGGAGGACAGAGUCUACGACGUGAAGGUCCUUACUAGUGACCAACAGGUGUCUAUUUAUCUCUUAGAGGGAGAUGUAAAAAGGCUGGUCUUCCCUCUUGGCAAGCUGGGUCCUCUCAUCGUCACAGUCACCCCCUGCUCCCAGGCGCUAUCCUGGACGCUCUCUCUCCGCCCUUAUAGUCUGGUGUCUGGAAGCUCUUCAUCAGCCUCGAAUGGCGUUGUAACUCUUAGCACUCCUCCCAGUGAAUUAAAUUAUGGAAGCUCUCUCUCAAGGAGUUCAGUUCAGUCUAAUUCAGUGAAACAGGGAAGUAGAAUUGUCGAGAGUGCUUCGGAUAGUACGAAUCUCACGAGUAAUAAUGCGAGUCCACUGUUACAUUCUUCAGAUCAUACUAAUCCGUAUUUAAAACCUGUAUUUAGAACUACAAGUGAUUCGAACGUAAUCAAAGAAGAGAAUCAGAAAGAUAGAGAAGCGAAGGACAAAAAUAGCUCCAGUAGAGGAAACGAUGACAAUAAAGAUGGAAGUGAUGCACACAGUGCGACCAGGAAAGAAGGCAAAGAUGGAACCGAGGAUUUUAGAAGGACGGUGGAUAAAGAUAGUGGAGAAGAGAAGGAAGUAUUAAUAGAGCAGUACAAGGGUCAUGACCCCAGGCAGUAUAAGUCUCGCGCAGCGGUUCCAGGACUCUACGUGCUCCAGGUGAAGGCACAGGGUGGAGCUACACACGUGCAUGUUCACGCCUCCGCCCUCUGGCUCCCUGCACCACCUACCGCCCACAUCUCCAUCACCCGCACGCCCACGCCCAUGGGCAAGGCAGUCACACUCAGAUGGGCCAGCAGCGGCCGCAGCGGGUACUGCCUUGCGGUGAGCGAGGGCCGCACCUUCCCAUCCCUCUGUGCCGCCGCCAGUGCCGCCAGCGGCAUCCUCGACCCGCGUGCCACCCGCAAGUCCGCUCAUCACGGCCGACGACAGAGGGGCCGCAGGCGGUCGCUAGUGGCGUUGGGCUGCACUGACCGGCCGUGGUACUCCCUGCCGCACCCACCCCGCCGCAGGCUGCACGUGGCGGUGUGGGCGGCUGGGCGUGCGGGACCGCCCUUGGGCCGCGGGUUAAUCCCCGCCACCCCCAAGCGGAAAGUCCCACGGCUAAAGCCCGGGUCAAUGGUAAAGCUUGUGCCGUCUGCGGCAGGUAAGGUUAAAGCCCACCUGCGGGUGCGGCAAGGGUGGCGUCUACUGCACGUGAUGGCUGUCGCAUGCGGUGCCAAGGUCCGCCUGCGGGUGGAGUCGCAUAGUGGGGAGGUGCUAGCCAGCGCUCUGGGUGGGAUAGGCGCUCUGCACCUAGCCAUCAGGAGUCCCUCACCUGAAGCACUUAUACUCACCCUCAAGAUUAUCCCCCCAGGGGCAGCCAACAAGGUGUUGCUCGCGGCCGCCCACGUCGCGCGCGACCUCCCUCUGCCGCGCCUGCCGCGAAACUCGCGGGUGAAGGUAGGGAAGAUCACCUGCACCUCCGCCACCUUCAGGUGGUCGGCUGCCCCCGGGUCGCAGUCCUACUGCGUCCUGCUUCAGGAGGACUCGAGUGGGAAGGUUUGGAGGACGAGGCCGCCGCUGCAGUGUGGGUGGCAGGCGGCCCUCCGGCGGCCGCAUGCGGCACGGUGGUGCGGCCCGCCCACGCCCGCUGGCCGCCACCGACACGCCAUCACCACUCUCACGCCCGCAACCACCUACACAGCCACCGUCCUGGUGCGUCACCCCGCCACUGGUCACACACUGUCAUUCACCCCCGUACACUUCACCACACGACACACCUGUCACCACUAAUGCACCACACGACACACCUGUCACCACUAAUACACUACACGACACCCCUGUCACCACUAAUACAUCACACGACACACCUGUCACCACUAAUACACCACCCGGAUUACCUGUCAACUAAUACACCACACGACACACCUGUCACAACUAAUACACUACACCUGCCAUCUUGUAUUCCACACCAUUACCACAGCCUCCAUCAUUAUAUUUUCAUCAUUAUACGCUUUCGAUCUCACAUCACCAACACCACAUUACUCCAUCCCUGUCAUCACUUUAUUGCAUUAUUUUCAUCACAUUGUGUGAUGAAAAUUCACACAUCACCAUAUUACAUCACAACUUCCUUCCUUACCACGACUUACUAAUAUUACGCUAAAACAUCACUAUAUCACCACCACAUUAUAUAAAUCAUCACUGGAAUCACCAUAUUACAUGUAUCACAGUCACUAUCACUACCACAUUGAAUGCAGCAUCACUUUUAGCAUGCGGACCAAGGGAUCAAUAAAGCACUACAUUAGGGCUGAAGACUAAGCCUCAGGUAGUAAGGUUGUUCUUCCCUGUGUAAACUUUACUACCUAGAGCUAGUUAUGUGAGCGAACUUUUAUUUUGUUGUACGACUGGUUGUUAACUAAGCACAUUUAGUGUUGUCAUAAUGUAUCCUGUAAGAGAAUUGGAAAUGGGAUUAAUGGUAAAUAAACUUUAGUAUCAGUAUCUUGUGUCUGACUUGGCAUUUCGUUUUUCUUUGGAAGUACAAAAUAUAUUUGUCACUUUAUGAUGCAGUCUAAGAAGUUAGGAAAAAUGUAAAUUAACUUUUAUUUAUAGACAGUAUCAUAUU